AUGAAUUUCAUGUUUAUUGGAACCUUUUCUGUACUAAUCUUCUAUGCUUUUGCAAUAGACAACGAUCAAGAAUGCAAAGAAGAUUUGAUAAUAUUACAGAAGAAAGUUUUGGAGAGUGAGAGAGACAUCUCAAACAGUAAAAUUGAGGCUUUGGAAAGUGAAAAGAAAACGUUGGAAGAAAGGGUGAAAGAGCUGGAAAAUGAGAAAGCAACUUCACUAAAGGAAAUUGAAGAACGAAAGAAAAAGGAGCCAUGUGAGGUUGGAUGGGUUUAUUUCAACGCCUCCAAAUCUUGCUACUAUCUUCAGAAUAUGACAGACGAAAACGGGAUUCCGAUGAGAUGGACGUGGGCGGGAGCUGAAUCUGAAUGUCGAAAGAAAGACUGUCAUCUUGCAUCGAUUCAUUCACGAGAAGAAGAGAGAUUCCUUGGGAAGCUCGUCGAACACGAACCGGACAAGGACAAUCUUCAAUGCAACAAUAUACCGGAUCAUUUCGCGUGGAUUGGAUUGCAUACAAAUAAUGGAUUGAGACAAUGGAGUGAUGGAACGGCUGAUGAUUAUUACAGUCAACAAAGUGGACCGUCUCGAUAUUUUGGGAUUUGUGCCAUUCCGCCGAUCACAGAAACCACUUUGCUCACGAUAGGCGUCGGGAGCAGAAAUGGUGAACAUGAAGUUGGGAGAUUCAUUUGCAAGAAAUCAACUGCAACU